AUGACCUUAGGUCUCGACCUGGGCCACCCUACUAUAGCUCAUGGGACUGUCUCUCCUGCUGCUGCUAUAAAUGCAGAAAUAAUACCAGUACAGCUUGCCGCGCAGCCUACUCCUGCUACCGUAGGCACUCUCCAACGGGAUAGUCUUGCAGCUGAUAGAACCGUCGCUCCUGCUGUAGCAAUACAGGCACAGCCUGCCGUGCCGCUAGCUUCCCCUAUCCUUGACACUCCCAUUAAACGGGAUAGUUCUACACUAUUACCCUUCACGACCCUCGCACGAUGCCGAAUCGAUACUCUCAACUCCAUGGGCAAGGAGAUGCAAGCCCAUGUCGUUGGCCCGAUGUCAGUAGAGAACUUUCUCGACGAGUUCCUACCGAACCCUGAAGAUUAUGACACCUCGGACUUUGCUUCGCGCUUCGCUUCGGCCUCCAAUGCCGAAGUAUUCAAUAUGCAAUCCAUCAGGAAAGAAGAGGAUGCUUACAAACCAUUCAUUGACGCCAUACGACCUUUCGCUCCGCAAUUAUCGUUUGUGAACACUUCCAAACAUGCAGACAUGAAGAACUGUUCAUCAUUCACCUUCAAUGUCAAGCCGGACGUAUGCGUAUACGCCGAUGGAACAUCACACGGCUGUGACAUUUCCAAAUCCGAAGUCAUCAUCGAAUUCAAAUGGACUGAUGCCCACGACGCAUUCAGCAAACAUCCUAGAGUCGAUCAACCUCUUGUAUCUCAGACCGAUAAGGGCUUCGACACAUUAGGUCAAAUAACAAGCUACGCUGUCGCUCAACUCGGCGCUCAAUAUCGUACCCAUGCAUUCUCUGUCCUCAUCGUUCGUAAUCGUGCUCGCAUCAUCAGAUGGGACAGGGAGGGAGCUAUCGUCACGAACGCCUUCGACUACUAUCACGAGCCACACUUGGCCGAUUUCUUCCAUCGUUUCAGCACGAGCAUCGCCUGCACUGCGUGGCGUCGAUACUUCCGACGGCUGUUAAAACUUGCCAGUACCACGUGCAUGUACAGAGUUGCAGUCCCUCGGGAUCCUGCUGUUGAGGGCUCUGACUGGUUGGUGUUGAUUAUUCCCCAAUCUGUUACAAAAGGUUACCCUCUUGUUGGUCGCUGGACUCGCACGUGCCCUGCGUAUGAUAUCCUCAACAAGAAGGUCGUAAUGUUUAAGGACUCUUGGCGCGUGUCGAUAAAGGACGUUCUACCGGAAGGCGAGACUUACAAAUUGUUGAAGUUGCACAACGUUCGCAAUGUCGCAACAUUCGUCCACCCUAUCCCUCAGCAAAAUACCCAGACUGUCAAGUUUCACAAGGCCAACUGGACGUGUCGCAACGAUGCUGUCACUCCCCACACUCUUCAUCGCCUGGUUCUCGAUAUUGUGGGUGAGAAGUUGACUAACUUUGAGAGCUCUCGUCAACUUGUCCAGUCUGUUCGUGACGCAUUACUUGCCCACAAGGAUGCAUAUGAAAUCGUAAAAAUAUUACAUCGGGAUCUCAGCGUCGGGAAUAUCGUCAUCUACCGAGGGAAGGGUAUCCUCAUCGAUUGGGACCUAGCAAAGGUACUCACGAUUCAGGGUCCUCGACAAAUAACCCGCACGGGAACCUGGCAGUUCAUGUCUGCUCACCUCGUCAAAAAUAUCAAGGCCGUCCAUGCUGUCGAGGAUGACCUCGAGUCCAGUCUUUACGUUGUUCUGUGGGCGGCCUUAAUGUACAAGGAGAGCCACAUGGACAUCGUUGCGCGGACCCAAUUUAUCAUGCAGGUCUUCGACGCUGAUCCACUCGUGGGGUCCGGAGGAUCCUCGAAAGCUAAUUUUCUCGUUGCGAGAACCGACUUUCCGCAAGACGUAUUUGUCGGCUGCAAACGGCUUGACAAUAUUGUCAUUGAACUGGCCCAGUUCUUCUCGCAUCGGUACUCCAUGAUCUUGCCUGAGGACCAGGAGGAGCUUUUACAAAUCCGGCUCGAAUUGAAGGAAGUUUUGGACGAAGUUGGGCCUGUGCGCAUGGCUGCACAGCAGAAGAUGAUUGAUACUACAUACAAGGUCAUGUGCAAGUCUCCUGCCUACCAGAAGGAGGUGGGUAUGCAGAUCCUGCAACUACAUGACUCCGUCAUCAAUAUUUACGACAAGCACCUUGGGUUGCCCAACUGGCCUAAUAACGACGCAGCCGUACUGCAAAAACUGCAUCCGACCGACAGGCUGAGUGCACAUCGUUUAUACACGAAGUCACUAUGCGCCUCGCAGGAUCCAACGCCUAUAUGGGUACAAGUCACUCCAUCUGGCAAGAAACGUAGGCUGGAUCCUGAUGGUGACGGUGAUCUCUCUCUGACUGACCUACAUGACCUUGUGUUCUUCGGCCAAUGA